AUGAAAACUCUGAAACCAGCCACCAAGCCGCUGCAGAUGAAAACAUUUCUACUACAACAACCACAACAACAGGUCUGUCAGCCAUUCACUUCACUUUUCAGCAGAAAUGUCCUCCAUGACCACCAGGAAAUGCUGUCCACACAGCAGCAGUUGUCUCAGAAGCAUAUAGAAAAAAGUCUUUCUGUACCAUCAUCACAAAUAAAAGAAGAUGAGGAAACAAGAGGAAGAGUUGUCAUGGCAACGCCAGAUGGGGACUCAGUAGGUGAGGAGGAAGGAAGAGUAGAAACACCUGCUGUAGAUGAAGAGGGAGGGAUCCAGCAGAUGUCUGAAAGCCAGGCAGCUGAGCAAUCUGAGGAAUCAGAGCAGAAACCGUUAACACCCAGCAGAGCGAGACCAGCUCCGCCCAGCAGUCUGAAUCUGUCUGGGGAUCAACAAAUGAAGAAGAAAGUGCUGGCAGCUCCAACUCUGAGUCUGUCAUUAGGCGGCAGCGAGUCGAUAACGUCCGAUGACCUACAGUCCACCUUUCUCUCCCCGUCCCCUGAGGAUGCAGAGGACACGACGCUGGAUUUUGAUUUGGACGCCUUGGAGACGCCGUCCGAUAGCGAAUCCUUGCACUUCCCCCUCUAUGACCUGGAUCUGGAAGAUGACAUGCGGCGACUCGGUGUGGCCUCCCAUCGCCUCAGAGCAUCUGGGUCCAGAGCCAGGUCGGGUUCUGGAGCUGGUUCUCUACCAGGGCCUGAUCAGUUUGGACUGGGAGUCUUGGAAAGGGAGGAUGUGGUGGACAGCGAGGGCACCAGGUGGCGCUGCUUCACAACAGGUGACCCUCCUCAGGAGUCAAGGGUCAACAUGAGUGUCCUGGAGCCGUAUCUCAGAGUUCUGUCACACGGAGGUUACUAUGGAGACGGUGAGGAUGACAUCAUCGUGUUUUCCUCCUGUUACCUCCCGGAGAACAGUCUGGAGAACUACCAGUACGUGAUGGACAACCUCUUCAGGUUUGUCAUUGGGACUCUGGAGCUGAUGGUGGCAGAAAACUAUGUGAUAGUUUAUCUUUGUGCUGGAGGGCAGAAGGAAAAACUCCCAGGAAUCGGCUGGCUUAAGGAGUGUUACACCACCAUCGACCGCAGGUUAAGGAAGAACCUGAAGGGUUUCUACGUGGUCCAUCCCACCUGGUACAUCAAAAUCGUCGUCACCAUCAUCAAACCCUUCAUCAGCUCCAAGUUCAGCAGAAAGCUUCAGUUCGUCAACACGCUUCAGGAGCUUUCUCUCUUCAUCCCCACUGAGCAUGUGCAGAUCCCAGACUGCGUCCGACAGUACGACCAGAACCAGUCCAGUUGAAGCUCGGCCUGAACAGAUCAAAACAUUUCUCUCUGUAUUUAUUGUUCAUCACCCUGCAGACUUCCAGUUUCAGGAUGAGGAUGACAAAAAUCUUACAGUUUUUAUCUUGUAAACAGUGUUGAUGGAAGCUACAGAACUAUAUAUUUCAAAUAAUUUCCUAUUUUUAUUAUUUUAAAAAGAGAAGAACAUCAUGCAAAUUAACUAUGAACACAAGCUGCCUGAUUUUACAAAUUUAUAGAAUUUUUUUUGUCUGAGAUUUUCUUAAGGCUCUUGGUUUUUAGGAUCAAAAGUGCUGACAUGAAGCACAAUAGAUUUUAAAAAUACAGUGAUUUAAACUGCUGUAAAAAUUAGAAACUAUUUUUUAAAAUCUUGUGAAUCACCAUUUUAAUAAGAAUUAAAGUAAAUGAGAACUAAAUAUUUUUAGAUUUUUUACAUUUUCAGUCAUUUUCUCCAUAGCCUGGUGAAGUUUUUGUUUCUACACAUUCAGUGUUAUGAACACAGUUUUAUUCAUCAAACCCAUCUGGACAUGUGGGUGGUUAUUUUUCUGAUCAAUAAGAUUUUAUAGAAAUGCUUGUUAAAUUUGAUGUUUGUUUUUAUGUUUCUGGAAACGGUGAACUUUAUGCUUUUGAGACAUUUGUUCCAAUGAUAUUUCUGCAGAAGUCACAGAAAUAGCAUCAUAAUUCAGUACGUCCUUCUGCAAUCUGUGGAGGGAAAUAACACAGACUUCAUGGGAAUUGUGUGGCAAUAUUUGAAAACACAGCUGAGUUUACAGAUACAGAUUCACAGAUUCUACUGUGAAACAAAUCAGCAUGUUGAACGAUCAAACAUAUUUCUUUGUGGGUAAAAAAGGCAGCAGGAAGACCUACAUAAUUUUCCUUUGUUCUUAUCUUAUUUCCUCUAAUGUUUGUACUCUACAUCUGUAUGCUGUGAGAUUCAAAUUCUUUUGCCUAUCCUCACAAUCUUGGCCAUUAAAACUGAUUCUGAAAGGUCUAUAGAUGUUCCCAACAAUGGCUAUUUCAUGGAAAAUUUUGUUCCAAUUAAAUUCUCCAACCUUUAAAUUCA